UCAAUAAAGUUUAUUCAAAUAAACACCGCGACGUCACGACAAACAAUGGCAGCCAGUGGUACAGCUGUGACGGUUCUCACUCCAAAUGGGAGAAGACAAACAGUUAAAGUGUCUCCAAACACGCCGUUAUUACAGGUGCUGGAGGAUGUCUGCAAAAAACAUGGGUUUAACCCCGACGAUCACGGUUUAAAGUUUCAGAGGACUGCUGUUGACCUCACGCUUCCAUGGAGGUUUGCCAACCUGCCCAACAAUGCGAAACUGGAAAUGGUGACAAGUACAAGGAAACAGGCUGUAGCUGACAGCCAGGUGCGGAUUGCACUGCAGAUGGAGGAUGGUUCUCGGCUCCAGGGUUCCUUCUCCUGUGGACAGAGUCUGUGGGAACUGCUCGCACAUUUCCCCCAGAUCAGUGUGUCGGAGCUGUCUGAGUCAGGAUCCACCCCUGUGUGUGUUUACAUGAGAGAUGAGGUGAGUGGGGAAGCAGCACUCAAGAAGGCCACUCUGAAGUCUCUGGGUCUUACAGGAGGAAAUGCCAUUGUCAGGUUCUUACUCAAAAAGAACAAAGCACAGGGAGAGGAAGAUGGCCGAGAAGCCACUGAAACAGCUGCUAUGCCAACUACACCUGUUGCCAAGGAAACCACACCUCGCCCAUCACCUCAGCCCGAUCCUGCUCCGUCAACUACACCCGUUGCCAAGGAAACCACACCUAGCCCAUCACCUCAGCCCGAUCCUGUUCCGUCACAGCCAGAGACGUCCACAACAGAGGUGCCGACUAAAAAUUCGAGCCCCCAAAGGCCAAUCGAAGAAGCCCACCCUGCUCCAACUCCCACUUCUGCCGCAAGCAGCACCCUCCCUGUUCAACAGGAAGAGGUUCCGAACUCCCUUCAUGCAGUUCGGUCAAAGAUUCCUCCCGUCGAGAGAGGAAGGCCAGAGGAGGAUGGCGAGGAAGCGGGCCCAUCAGGACUGAACUCUCACCCAUCCUCCUCCUCCUCCUCCUCCUCUUCCGCUCCCUCUGCUCCUUUCAUUCCCUUCUCUGGAGGCGGUCAGCGCCUCGGGGGUCCCCGGGGAGGUGCAGUGGGACGCUCACUCUCUUCAUCUGCAUCAUCCUCUUCACUGCCAGCUCUGACUGCAGCAGUAGAAUCACCCAAAGCCAAGAAAGCGAAAUCCAGCCACGGUUCUAGCACCAAGCCUCAAACCACUGCCAACCAGCCCGACGAUGACAUGGAUCAAGGGGAGGAGUUCUUGGAGCCAGUAGAGAGGGAGCUUCUCAUCUACCACCUGGACGCAAUGUCCUGUCACUCUGAGGACCACAGGGAUCUGCCUGACGAGUUCUUUGAAGUGACGAUGGAUGAUGUGCGCAAGCGCUUCGCCCAGCUGAAAAGCGAGAGGAAGUUACUGGAGGAGGCUCCGCUAAUGACAAAAUCUCUGAGAGAAACGCAGGUGAAGGAGAAGAUGAAAAGAUAUCCCAAAGUGGUCCUGAGGGUCCAGUUUCCAGACAGACAUGUGCUACAAGGCUUCUUCAGGCCCCUGGAGACAGUUGCUGCCGUGAGGCAUUUUGUGCGGAGUCACUUGGAGGAUCCUCAGCUCAGUUUCUACCUGUUCAUCACCCCCCCAAAAACCAUCCUUGACGACCCCUCAGCUACACUGUUUCAGGCCGACCUGUUUCCCGGUGCUCUGGUGUACUUCGGCUCUGACGCUAAGACAGAUAUUUACAUUAAGAAGGAGCUACUUGAAUCCUCUGUCUCGGCCUCGCAAGCAAAUGAAUCCUUUGCAAGCUGCAUGCUCCGGUCCCCAACGCCCUCCUCUAGCUCUGAGGGCCCCGAGGAGCCGCUGCCUCCUCCAGAGCCGAAGGCUGACACCAGCGGGGCCCCACAAGACGAGAGAGACCCGUGUGCACACACCCAGGCUGCUAAACCUACCAGAUCUGACCCGUGCAAGGUGCCCAAGUGGCUCAAGCUUCCAGGUAAAAAAUAAGACCGCUGCGUGUGUUGAUGGGAGGAGUUGCCAUGAAAGACUUCUGACAAGCUGCUUGCAGACUGAGUAGAGCACUUAAACCUUUGCCGCGCUUUGAUAAAGGCUCAACUUUGGGACAGCUGCGGAAGAAGCCUGCACUUCACUAGGUUUUAAAACGAUCAAAGUAAUGAGAGAAAGACUGCACUAAAUAGUGAAUAUUUCAUUGCUCAAAGGAUUGUUGUGAUUCAUUCCGGUUGAUCUCUAGGAAGAGAGAGUGCUGAAGAGGCUGCAUUUAUUCAGCAGGUGAAAAUAUGCGAAGUGAAUAAAGAUUGUUGAAUUAAAA